ACCAGCGUUUGAUGACAAAGAUCAGAAUAGAUAGGUAGGCUCUGGUGGUACGUUCUUUCUUUUAUCAGACUUGGGUUUUCUUCUUCUUGUAUUGUUACCAGUGGAGCUGUAAAUCAGUUUGGCUUAAGCUUCAUCUUUUCAAACUUAAAUCAGCAUUUUUCAUAUUUAGAAUUAGGUGAGCUGGGGGAAAUCAGAGGCUUGAUGGUGUAUUUUUAAUACUGUCAGUUAUCAUUACACAGUUUUCUCAAUGCAUGUUGGAGAGUUCUGUUUCCCUUCCUCAAGUCAUCAAGGCUGGCAUUUUGGAGUUGUUUGAUCCAUGAACCCACUGCAUGAAAUUAUUUCUCCUGUGUGAAGUCACAUGGUCUCUUUGUUUGGGCUAUGCCUAACGAGGCUUAGGUAGAACAGAGCUGCCCUGUCUGGGGGUGCUUAUUUGAGCAGUAUCAAUGAUAGAAUUUGUAUCUGACAGCAGUGGGAGGUAGGUAGGCUGGCUGAAUCUUACCUCAUAGAGAGCUGGGUGCAAACCAGCUUCACCGGACUAUUUUUCCCAGAAGAAUACUCUACUUACCUGUAGGGAGGGAAGGGUUAUGAGGAUAGCAGGGCCCAGAUGAGUAUGUACAAAUGGAUGGGCCAGGAGGAGAAAGUUUGCCAGUCAGCAACAUGACUCCUUGAGAAGUGUCCCUUAGAAACCCACCUGCCUGGCACACUCCCACCCAGCCUCCUUUGGGCUGGCUGCAGAGAGAAUGGUGGGAGAUGGGGAAAACUGGCCCACUGUUCCUUGAACUUUCAUGGUUCAAGGGAAACUUUUACACACCGUUACCAACUGUUUAAAUCAUACUGCUUGGAAACGAUGUGAGGGUUUUUUGGGUGUGUUUUUAAGAUGCAGCCUAAUGCCUUAGCUUCACCCACUUCCCAGGCAAGCUUUGGCUUCAGUUCCCUUGGCCCCAGCUGACUGCACACAUUCUCCUGCUGAGGAAGGCUUGCAGGGACUGGCUCUCAGCGUGGUGACUGCUGUGUGCUUUUGCAUCCGUAUUUCCCUCGCCAGCUCCUCACGGAACACCUGCAGCCAGGGAGGCAAAGGUCUGUUGUGGGGUGGUGCUGUGCUAGGCUGAGGGUGACACAGCUGUGAGUGGCCAGGAGAGGAGUUCUUGUUAACUUGGUGUAGAUGUUCCUGAUGGAGAAGAGGAUGAAGCAGGAGAGGAGAAAUUACAUCUGUGUGAUGUGGGGAAUGAUCUUGAAGUGUUGGCCUGCAAAGCAGCUUUCACAGCUGCUCAGGCCACUGUUGGUCUGUAGAUGAUGAGCAGCAAGAUCAAGUUCUGGUUUUUUGGGGGUUUUUUUGAGUGUAUUGUGUCUUUAAAUAUUUUUCAUUGUUGCCUAAGCUAUUCAAAUUGCUUUCUGGGCAGUUUUUCACUUUUUUAAUGUCUUUUAAAUGUUACCUUCACUUAUGCUUUUCUUUCUGAUGGAAGGCUGCUGUUGUCAGCAAAAGAUACGGGAGUAGUUGGUAUCUAUCCAUAGGCAGGACAAUGUACUACUAGAGCCUGAUAUAACUGCAUUUAUUUGGGGUGCCUGCAAUAAAGUCUACCUAAAGUCUUCUAGGUCUUCUGUGGUAAAAAAAAUAGGUGUUUUGGCCAUAGAUACUGUAUAUUGUGGCUUCCCACAGCUCUUCCCAGUGCAUAAUUCUGUAGUGAAUGCUUUUUCUCUUUUGUAUCACUACAAAAAUAUGGUCAGGUGAAAAUUGUGUUCCCUGAUACAGGUGGGGUGAGGUUUUCCAUGGGAAUGGAAGAGUGUGGAGGGUGAGGGAUGAGACACACAUGAUACAGGAAUUUUCAGGAAAGCUCUUCCUUUACUGCUAUGUGGCUCAACGUAGAGACACUUCUUUUUCAGAGUGUACCCACCUAUUUUUUACAGAUUCUGGUUAAGAAGCUUUGCUCACAUGUGGUGCCCAGCCAUUCUGCACUAAACCCAUGUGUUGCUUGUAUGUUGGUAGAAUUUUCCAUCUAUGUUUGCUCUUUAAACAUACCUAUUAUUUGAGGAGCUGACUUGCCUAAUUAAACAAAUAAUCCCAAAACCCCCAACAAAACUGAAGGCCUGUGGCCCAUAGGGGCUUUUCCAGAGAACAGGAACAUAUAAGCGCUCUGAUUAGGGGUUAAAUGCAAAUUCUCCCUGGGUGAAUUAAGGUCUGAUUUCAGAUGAAACCGAAAAAAUAAAGCUUGCGACAUGUAGUUUAAUAAUUUAUAGAGUUAAUCUUGACUUUUGGUCAAAUAUCUUUGUUACUUAAGUAGCUUUGCUGCCAACUAAAUAUAUCAGUUCUGUAGAGAGGACCUAGUUGAGGUUUUUUGUGUGGUUUUGAAGCCAAAAUGCCAACCCUAGAUGACAUUUUAGAGCACGUUGGAGAGUUUGACAGGUUCCAGAAGCAAACUUUUUUGGUCCUGUGUUUGUUAUCUGCUUCCUUCACCCCAGUGUACGUGGGGGUCUUCUUCUUUGGGUUCAUUCCUGAGCAUCGCUGCUUCAGCCCCGGGGUGGCUGAGCUGAGCCAGCGGUGUGGCUGGAGCCUGGAGGAGCAGCUGAAUCACACGGUUCCCGAGUGGGAUGGCCACGGGGCCAGCUUUGACAGCCGCUGCAGGAGGUACGAGGUGGACUGGAACGCAACAGGCAUCAGCUGCACUGACCCCCUCGGCAGCCUGGUGGGCAGUGGGAGCACCGUCCCCCUCGGUCCCUGCCGGGAUGGCUGGGUCUACAACUCCCCGGGGAGCUCUCUCGUCACCGAGUUUGACCUGGUGUGUGAGGACUCUUGGAAGUUGGAUCUCUUUCAGUCAUCUGUGAACGCUGGGUUUUUUAUUGGCUCCAUAAACAUUGGCUACAUUGCAGACAGGUUUGGCCGUAAAUUUUGCCUUUUAACGACAAUCCUUGCAAACAUUGUGUGUGGAAUCCUUCUGGUCUUCGUGCCCACCUACCUGUGGAUAGUCAUCAUCCGGUUCUUGCAAGGGCUGGUCAGCAAGGGCUGCUGGACUGCGGGCUACAUCCUGGUGACAGAAGUGGUGGGCCCGCAGUACCGGAGGACGGUGGGGAUCCUCUACCAGGCGGCCUUUUCUGUCGGGCUCCUGGUCUUCGAUGCCAUCGCUUACGCCGUCCCUCACUGGCGGUGGCUGCAGCUCGCUGUCACCCUGCCCACCUGCUUCUUCCUGCUCUACUACUGGUGCCUUCCAGAGUCUCCCAGGUGGCUGAUAUCUCAAGGAAAAAAUGAAAAAGCUAUGAAAAUUGUCAGUGAUAUGGCUAAAAAAAACGGGAAAAAGAUGCCUUCCCAUUUUAAGGAUAUUCAAUUUGAAGAAGAAGAUUGUGGAAAGCAGAAUCCCUCACUGAUGGACCUUUUCAGGACACCACAGAUAAGAAAAAACACACUCAUUUUGAUGUUCAACUGGUUCACAAGCUCUGUCCUCUACCAGGGGCUCAUCAUGCACAUGGGAAUGGAUGCUGAGAACAUGUAUCUGGAUUUCCUCUAUUCUGCACUUGUUGAAUUCCCAGCCGCCUUCAUCAUCAUUGUCACUAUUGACCGUCUCGGGCGGCGCUACCCCUGGGCUGUGUCGAACGUGGUGGCUGGGGCCGCCUGCCUUGCCACAGCCCUCAUCCCAGAGGACAUGCAUUCAUUAAAAGUGGUUGCUGCUUGCAUUGGGAGAAUGGGAAUUACAAUGGCUUUUGAAAUGGUUUGCUUUGUAAGCACUGAACUGUAUCCAACUUAUAUCAGGAAUCUUGGGGUGAUGGUUUGCUCCUCUUUGUGCGAUAUUGGUGGAGUCCUCGUCCCCUUCAUUGUCUACAGACUGGUGGAAGUCUGGUACGAUCUGCCACUGAUUGUCUUCACUGUUCUUGGUUUGACUGCGGGUGGAUUGGUGCUGCUUCUGCCUGAAACCAAAGGAAGAGUUUUGCCUGAGACUGUGGAGGAUGUUGAAAACUUUCACAGGCAAAGUGCUCCAAAGGCCAAAAAAAUCUAUCUCCAUGUCCAAGGAUCAGAAGUAACACGUGGCUGAAGAAGGUGUAACUCUUGCUAGGUAGUCUGCUUUAGGGCAGUAGCACAGAAAUGCCACUUAGAAUAAAUACCCCCUCAAAAGUC